GCGGCGGAAGGGGCGGGUCCUGCCCGGGGCCGAGCCCGGCGGCCUCGCCAUGGUGAACCUGGGCGUGCGGCGGGUGGAGGAUGAUGUGGCCGCCAAGCACCCGGCGCUGCAGCAGUACGCGGCCUGCCAGUCUCACGCCUUCAUGAAGGGCAUCGGCACCUUCCUGGCAGGCAGCGGGGCCGCCUUCGUGGUGCAGAAGAUGGCGCGGCAGAAGCUGCCGUACAGCCCGCAGUGGAGCCUGCUGUUGGCUGCGGGGCUCAGGAGGGUUCGCGGCAGCAGGUGCUGUCCCCACCGUGGUGCUGCUGGCACUCCCAGGAGCACCUCGGCCGCCCCAGCUGCAGGGUCCCUCGGAAGCUACGUGGUAACCAGAGCUGAGACACAGAAAUGCUCCAACUUCUGGAUUUAUCUGGAGACGGGCAAGUCCCUACAAGAGCUUGCUGUGACUGGUGGGGUGUCUCAGCCCACAGAAAACCUCACUAGUGCAGAGGACAGGGAUGGCGCUGCAACACUGGUGAGGAGGAACAGGUACGGUGAUGUGGUGGAGUAGCCAGUAGAGCAUACCCUGCCAUGCCCGUGUCCUUCACCCUCUCCUGCCUGCCCAAGCUGACGCUGCCCAUCACACUGCCCACCAUGAGGGUGGUGGGCUUGAUGACUCUUCUGAAAAGCUCAGAGGACUUGAUCCUGCAAGAGAGAGAACGGUGGAGACACCUCAGGGAUUGCUGCCUGCCCCAUGGCCUCUGCACAUUGCACUGGGGGUAUAAUAAAAGUUCAGAGCUGAAUGCA